UUUCUACUAAUCUUCUUCUCUUUCCUCGCUUCUUCCUGCUUUAAUCAUUCUUCUCUCACUAUAUAUUCUCUCCCCAAAUCCCACCUCCACUCUCAUCCAUUCAUACCCUUUCCCCAUUUCCUCUCUAACCCCAAAAAUGGCUUCUCCUCCAUUUUCAUCACUGCCAUUGCUCGCAUUCUUCUUGCUUUUGGCUUCUUCAGCCCUUGCAGGGACGAUUUUAGAAGGACUUCUAGCAAAUGGGAACUUUGAGGAAUCACCAGCAAAAACCAACUUAAAGAAAACAGUAAUAGUAGGCAAAGAUUCUCUGCCAAGCUGGGAAAUCAAUGGCUUGGUUGAGUACAUCUCAGGUGGACCUCAACCCGGAGGGAUGUUCUUCCCUGUAGCUCACGGUGUCCAUGCUGUAAGACUCGGCAAUGAAGCUUCAAUCUCUCAGAGCAUAAAAGUGAAAAAGGGAUCACUUUAUGCUCUAACAUUUGGAGCUUCAAGAACAUGUGCACAAGAUGAAGUUUUGUCUGUGUUGGUGCCUCCCCAGAAUGGAAGUUUGCCUCUACAAACUCUUUACAGCAGCAAUGGAGGUGAUGUCUAUGCCUUCGGAUUUGUUGCUCGGUCGGAUUUGGUUAAGGUGACGUUCCACAAUCCUGGAGUUCAGGAAGACCCUGCUUGUGGACCUCUGUUGGAUGCUGUUGCCAUCAAAGAGCUCGCUCCUCCAUUGCCAACAAGAGAUAACUUGGUCAGAAAUCCGAGCUUCGAGGUUGGUCCUCAUCGGUUGGUGAAUUCCACCAAUGGAGUUCUUCUUCCUCCAAGACAAGAAGACCUUACAUCUCCACUCCCAGGCUGGAUCAUAGAGUCCCUCAAGGCGGUAAAGUUCAUUGAUUCUAAGCAUUUCAAUGUUCCUGUUGGACUUGCAGCAAUCGAGCUCGUUGCAGGUAGAGAAAGUGCAGUUGCUCAAAUUAUCAGAACCAUCCCUGACAAAGUCUACUCUCUAACGUUCAAAGUUGGCGACGCCAAGAACGGAUGCCAUGGAUCAAUGAUGGUGGAAGCAUUUGCUGCUAAAGACACCGUCAAAGUUCCUUUCGAGUCUCAAGGAAAAGGCCUUUACAAAGCUGCCAUUCUGAAGUUCAAAGCAAUCUCACCUAGGACCAGAAUCACAUUCUUCAGUUCAUACUACCACACUAGAACAGAUGACUUUGGAUCCCUGUGUGGUCCUGUGCUUGACGAUGUUCGUGUUGUUCCUACUUAUUAGAGAUAUUAUUUGCAAUGUCCCUGGCUCGGUAUUGAGUAUUGAUUCUUAAAAACGUAGACGUUGCAACGGCUGCUUGAUCUAUACCCUUCUUUUGUAAUUAACACCUUUGAUGAGGCUAGCUGUGUUCUUGAACUCUUUGCAAUUUUCUUGUCUCAGGAAGUUUUUACUGGUUUUCUUGUAGUUUAUUUCAUACUAUCAAUGAUCCUAGUUUGAAUGUUGGUCAUUAAUAUUUAUAAAGUUAUAUAUUUCUCUCUAAUAAUGGAGAGGGAAUAGUAAGAUUUCAUGAUAUAAACUCACUCUUUAGAGAUCAAUUUUA